AUGACUGUUUCUGUUUCAACAAUAUCAUCAGAAUCUGCAUUUAGUAUGACUGGUAGGAUUAUCGAGGAGCGACGACGGCGUCUGGGCCCUGAGGUCGUGGAGAUGUUGGCUCUGAUCAAGGACUGGGAGCAAGCCAAUGCAAGACUUCAACACCUCAUAGAGGAUGAAGAACUUGAAGAAUCAUUUGAAAACUUAUAUCUAGAUGUUGAAUCUGGUUUUGUCCUCACGAGAGAGACCUCGUCGUCAGCGCCCGUGGGGCAAGUUCGCGGCGGUGAUCGGAACCCCACCAAGAACGGCGCGCGCGUGUGGCUCGGCACCUACGACACCGCCGAGAAUGCUGCGCUCGCCUGCGACCGCGCCGCCUACCGCAUGCGCGGCUCCCGCGCGCUCCUCAACUUCCCGCUCUGCAUCGGGACAACCGGCCGUCAUCGUCCUCUUGCUGGACGAGCGGCUCGAUGA